AUGCUCUCUAUGGGGAAGAGAUUAAGGGCAUCAUCACGCGAGGGAGGGGCAUCAAAGUUCACAGGUAAGGACGAGGAUGAGGACGAGGACAAGCAACCCCAGCUGACGGUCAGCAGGUCCUCGUGCGAGCUGCUGCUCGAGAGCGACGUGCAGAGGCACAUCGACGUGUCGUGGGAUCAGGAGGCUCAGCCGACGCAGCGACCGGUGGAGAUCGAGGUGGAGUGCGAGGACUCGCCUGGGAUGUUGGCGUCGAUGUCUCGAGCGAUCUCUCAUGCCUCAGUCAAUAUCGCCAGCGUCGUUCUGAAGAAGCUGCCAGCAGGUUAUGGUGUCGCAAGGUUUGAAGUCAUGGUCGCUACCCAGAAGGACCUCGAUCGCGUCUUCACGAAGCUGCAGGGCACGAAGGGGGUGUUGCAUGUUGCAAGAAGUGGAGCGAACGCGAGGAAGAGCAAAAGAAGAAGACUGCGAAGCUCGAUUGUUCCUCCGAACCUUAUGAGCGACGAGUAG